UUCUUUCUUCUCUCUUGCUUCUAUAAUCAUUUUUUGUUUUUCUCUUUGAAAAAGUGUGCAUACCGGUUUUGGCUUUGCUUUCACGUACGUACCAAAACUUAUGAUUUUUGUUGUUGCCCUUUUUUCGACGAGGACUAGUAAGUAUCCUAGAAUCUAUUGUGCGGUUUUUUUUCCUGUCUAUCUAUCUUUGAAGAAAUUAAGAAACUAAAACGUGGAUCGGUCAAAAGAAUUGAUGCGUACUUGGUGCUGCUUUCUGUAUUUGUGAUAAUCUGUACUUUCUUCGCACCCAAAGUUUGUAUUUCUUUACCAUACUUUUAUCCUUCGUUUGCAAUACAAUUAAGAAAUUUGUCUCCUCUGUCCUUCAUCACCUUUCAAAAAGUUUAACCAACUGCUUCAUUCUGGCUACCCUUUCUGUCUUUUGUCACCUAAGCAGGAAAUUUAGUACCAUGUUUGGUUCCAUGAUUCAAACACGAUCUUAAUACACUCAGUGAUAAUUUCUACGUUUAUGAUUCUUCUUUUCCCAAUGGGUUUUGACUCACGCUGUGUACAUUCCAGAGUGUAUUCAACUCAAACAAACUAUUUUUUGGUGUCACAAACUUUUCCUCUGCUUCAGCUCUUAUCAAACACAAUCUUCCAAAUUUAUGGCAUAUUCGGUGUUUACUUAGUAUUUCUUAAAAUGUUCCCAUCUACUUUCAUUCAAUCCAGCUUCCAGAUUGGUCACAUCACAAUGGAGGCUUGCAGAUUUCUUUAUUCUUCUGGUCUUACUAAUCAAAUUGACCUUUUCUGCUUUACCCUGCAGCCUCUAUAUAUGCAUAUGCAUUGAAUUUCUGCAUCGAUUAGUCCAUAGAGCAUGGAUGCUUCAUCCUCACAGUUUGUUUCCUCAAGAAGAAUGGAAGUAGUGUAUGAUCCUAUCCAUCAAAUUAGCAUGUGGGAAGAAAAUUUCAAAAGUAAUGCUAAUACUUUAACUGCAUCCACCUCCAUAAUUGAAGAGCUGGACAUGAAGUUUGAUAAUCAAGUUCAGGCGCAAUCAGAGGAGGUUUCUCAUGGAAUAUUUGGAACAUCUGUGAAGUACAACCAAGAUCAUAAUAGACCGGUUGAUAAGACACAAAGACGUCUUGCUCAAAAUCGAGAGGCUGCUCGAAAGAGUCGUUUGAGGAGAAAGGCAUACGUGCAACAGUUGGAAUCAUGUCGUUUGAAGCUGAUGCAGUUAGAGCAAGAGGUAGAUCAUGCUAAACGACAGGGAUUGUAUAUUGGUGACGGAUUGGGUUCUAAUAAUUUGGGUUUUGCUGGCUCUGUAAAUUCAGGAAUAGCAAUUUUUAAGAUGGAGUACGAACAUUGGGUAGAGGAGCAAAACAGACAUAUCUUGGAAAUGAGAACAGCUUUAAGUUCUGAGAUAGGUGACAUGCAACUGGGGAACCUUGUACAAAGCAUAAUGAACCACUACUCCAAACUCUUUAGCAUGAAAUCUGCUGCUGCAAAAGCAGAUGUUUUCUACGUUAUGUCUGGCAUGUGGAUGACAACAGCUGAACGAUUUUUCUUGUGGAUUGGAGGAUUUCGCCCCUCUGAACUUCUUAAGGUUCUGAUCCCUCUGAGUGGACCUUUGACAGAGCAACAACUGUUUGAUACCUAUGGCCUAGAAAAAUCAUGCCAACAAGCAGAAGAUGCUCUUUCACAAGGAAUGGAAAAACUUCAGCAAAUGCUUGCUGACAGUGUUGGGCGAGGACACUUAGUUGAAGGAACCCACAUUCCACAGAUGGAUACUGCAAUGGAGAGGUUGGAAGCUCUGGUGAGCUUUGUCAAUCAGGCUGAUCAUCUACGACAAGAAACCUUGCGGCAAAUGUAUCGAAUACUUAGCAUACAUGAGAUUGGUCAGUUUCUGCUUGUUCUAGGAGAAUAUUUUCAACGCUUAAGGGCUUUGAGCAAACUUUGGGCUAAUCGAUCUCGAGAAGCACUUCCUUAGUCAUCAAACACAUAUUAUACCAAACAAAAACCAAUGACCCAUGAACAUAUAAUCAAGUGUCUAUAUCAUUAUCCAAAUCAUGUUCUCUGGCUGCUCACAUUUUUCCAGUACUGAGAACUUGUAAAUAGUUGUUUCUUACAUUUCAUAUCCUAUUUGGUUGUGUCAAUUGUGUAUAAUAUAGAAUAGCAGAGCAAAAUGUUUUGAAAUUUGCAUAAUCCUUUUAUGAUCUUUGUGAAAUAUAGAAAUUGUUUUUGUAUUAUUCCAU